UGCCCUGACCCGGCCGCGACCUACCUCCGCGCACCCCUCCGCCCCAGCUUCUGGGGUGUUCCCCAACCACGGCCCAGCCCCGUCACACACCCCGCCCCCGGCCUCCACAGCUCGGCAUGGGCGCGGGGGCGCUCGGCAUGGGCGCGGGGGCGCUCGUCCUGGGCGCCUCCGAGCCCUGCAACCUGUCAUCGGCCGCGCCGCUGCCCGACGGCGCGGCCACCGCUGCGCGGCUGCUAGUGCCCGCGUCGCCGCCCGCCUCGCUGCUACCUCCUGCCAGCGAGGGGCCCGCGCCACUGUCGCAGCAGUGGACGGCGGGCAUGGGCCUGCUGAUGGCACUCAUCGUACUGCUCAUCGUAGCUGGCAACGUGCUGGUGAUUGUGGCCAUCGCCAAGACGCCUCGGCUGCAGACGCUCACCAACCUUUUCAUCAUGUCCCUGGCCAGCGCCGACCUGGUCAUGGGGCUGCUGGUGGUGCCCUUCGCCGCCACCAUCGUGGUGUGGGGCCGCUGGGAGUACGGCUCCUUCUUCUGCGAGCUCUGGACUUCAGUGGACGUGCUGUGUGUGACGGCAAGCAUCGAGACCCUGUGUGUCAUAGCCCUGGACCGCUACCUCGCCAUCACUUCGCCCUUCCGCUACCAGAGCCUGCUGACCCGCGCUCGAGCGCGGGCCCUCGUGUGCACCGUGUGGGCCAUCUCGGCCCUGGUGUCCUUCCUGCCAAUCCUCAUGCACUGGUGGCGGGCUGAAAGCGACGAGGCGCGCCGCUGCUACAACGACCCCAAAUGCUGCGAUUUCGUCACCAACCGGGCCUACGCCAUCGCUUCGUCCGUGGUUUCCUUCUACGUCCCCCUGUGCAUCAUGGCCUUCGUGUAUCUGCGAGUGUUCCGCGAGGCCCAGAAGCAAGUGAAGAAGAUCGACAGCUGCGAGCGCCGCUUCCUCGGCGGCCCGGCGCGGCCACCGUCGCCCGCGUCCUCAGCACCGGAGUCGGGCUCCCCGCGCCCCGCCGCCGCCCCGGUGGCCAACGGGCGCACCAGCAAGCGGCGGCCCUCGCGCCUCGUCGCCCUGCGGGAGCAGAAGGCGCUCAAGACGCUGGGUAUCAUCAUGGGCGUGUUCACUCUGUGCUGGUUGCCCUUCUUCCUGGCCAAUGUGGUGAAGGCCUUCCAUCGCGACCUGGUCCCCGACCGCCUCUUCGUCUUCUUCAACUGGCUGGGUUACGCCAACUCGGCCUUCAACCCCAUCAUCUACUGCCGCAGCCCCGACUUCCGCAAGGCCUUCCAGCGCCUGCUCUGCUGCGCGCGCCGGGCGGCCCGCAGGCGCCACGCGGCUCACGGAGACCGGCCGCGCGCCUCGGGCUGCCUGGCCCGGGCCGGGCCGCAGCCGUCGCCGGGGGCCGCCUCGGACGACGAGGACGACGACGACGUCGGGGCCACGCCGCCCGCGCGCCUGCUGGAGCCCUGGGCCGGCUGCAACGGCGGGGCGGCAGCGGACAGCGACUCGAGCCUGGACGAGCCGUGCCGCCCGGGCUUCACCUCGGAAUCCAAGGUGUAGAGCCCGGCGCCGGCGCAGACGCGGGGCGCCCCGGGUCCCCGCCGCGGGAGAGGAGCGCCCGGGCGCCCUGGAACGGCUUCCCGGGGGAAGGAGAUGGGUGUUUACUCCAGACCGAAAGCAGGUGAACACGAAGCCCACACA